AUGGGCACCAGGGCAGUGGUCAAGCCCCUUCCUCUAUGGGGGCUGCUGGGCUGGAGUUUCCUCUGUGGCUGGGCUCUAGGGGGUCCACGGCCCCUCCGCUCUCUACCCCCGCUGUCCUCCCAAGUCAAGCCAGGAUCUGUGCCCUUGUGGGUGCCCCCAGAGGGGGCCGAGGCAGCCCUGGCUUUUCUCUACUCUGGAGAUGCCCAACAGCUGUUGGGGGCUAAUUGCAGUGAGCGCUAUGAAGCGCGUGGGGCAGGAGCCAAACCAGAGCUCCCCCCAGUCCUCCGGAGGGCAGCGGGCACCCUUACCCAGGCUGCCAAUUUUCUCAACAUGCUGCUGCAAGCCAACGACAUCCGCGAGUCCAGUGUGGAGGAGGAUGUGGAGUGGUACCAGGCACUGGUCCGCAGCGUGGCUGAGGGGGACCCAAGGGCGUACCGGGCUUUGCUGAUCUUUAACCCUCCACCAGGGGCCAGACACCUACAGCUGGCCUUGCAGGCCACCCGGAUCGGGGAGGAGACUAUUCUUCAGGACUUGUCUGGGAACAGGGUGCAGGAGGAGAGCCCUGCCGGGGACCUGGAUACCGUUGCCCUGCAGAAGCGGGUGCUGACCAAUGACCUAAGGAGCCUAGGCAGCCCCAAGUGGCCACGGGGGGAUGGAUAUGUGGGGGACAUGCAGCAGGUGAAGCUGUCUCCUCCCUUCCUGGAAUGCCAGCAGGGUCGGCUCCGUCCUGGCUGGCUGAUCACACUCUCGGCCACUUUCUAUGGACUUAAGCCAGACCUCAGCCCAGAGGUUAGGGGACAGGUGCAGAUGGACGUAGAUCUCCAGACUGUGGACAUCAAUCAGUGUGCAAGUGGCCCAGGCUGGUACUCUAACACACACCUAUGUGAUCUCAACAGCACCCAGUGUGUCCCCCUGGAGAGUCAGGGCUUUAUCCUUGGCCGCUACCUCUGCCACUGCCGACCUGGAUUCUACGGGGGAAGUGACUCUGGGGGGUUAGAGAAGAGUGCCAUCCAGACUACCGGGCAGUUCAGGUCCCCACAAGGCAGCUCCAGGAGGCUGCUGCGGUGCCAGCCAUGUCCUGAGGGCUGCACUGGCUGCAUGGAUGCCACACCGUGCCUGGUGGAGGAGGCCCCGGAGCUGCGGGCAGCAGUGCUGGCCUGCCAGGCCUGCUGCAUGCUGGCCGUCUUCCUAAGCAUGCUGGUCUCCUACCGCUGCCGCCGGAGCAAGAGGACCUGGGCAUCUGGAGUUGUCUUGCUGGAAACCAUCCUUUUUGGAUCACUGCUGCUCUAUUUUCCUGUCUUCAUCCUGUACUUCAAGCCCAGUGUGUUCCGCUGCAUUGCUCUUCGCUGGGUCCGGCUGCUGGGUUUUGCCAUCGUCUAUGGCACCAUUAUACUCAAGCUUUAUAGAGUGCUCCAGCUGUUCCUGUCUCGGACAGCCCAGCGAGGCCCCCACCUGAGCAGUGGGCGGCUGCUGCAGCGCUUGGGGCUGCUCCUGCUGCCUGUGCUGGGCUUCCUGGCCGUGUGGACAGUGGGUGCCCUGGAGAGAGGCAACCAGCACACACCUCUGGUGACCCAAGGCCACACUCCCACUGGCCGUCACUUCUACCUCUGUCACCACGACCGCUGGGACUACAUCAUGGUUGUGGCUGAGAUGCUGCUGCUGUGCUGUGGCAGCUUCCUCUGCUAUGCCACCCGGGCUGUCCUCUCAGCCUUCCACGAGCCACGCUACAUGGGUAUCGCCCUGCACAAUGAGCUGCUGCUCUCUGCUGCCUUCCACACGGCCAGGUUUGUGCUGGUUCCCUCCCUGCACCCGGACUGGACCCUCCUCCUCUUCUUCUUCCACACCCACUGCACAGUCACUACCACACUGGCUCUGAUCUUCAUCCCUAAGUUCUGGAAGCUGGGGGCUCCUGCCCGGGAGGAGAUCGUGGACGAGGUGUUCGAGGAUGAGCUGGACCUGCAGCGCUCAGGCUCCUACCUCGGCAGCAGCAUCGCCUCAGCCUGGAGCGAGCGCAGCCUGGACCCUGGAGACAUUCGCGACGAGCUGAAGAAGCUCUAUGCCCAGCUAGAGGUCCACAAGACCAAGGAAAUGGCUGCUAACAACCCCCACCUGCCCAAGAAGCGAGGAAGCUCACGCCAGGGGCUGGGCCGCUCCUUCAUGAGGUACCUGACUGAAUUCCCCGAGGCCCUGGCCCGGCAGCACUCUCGGGACUCGGGCUCCCCGGGCCGCAGCAGCCUGCCCGGCUCCUCCCGCCGCCGGCUGCUCAGCGCCAGCCUCCAGGAACCUGAGGGGCCACCAGCCCUGCGCAAGUCCCGCAGCACCUAUGACCACCACAGGGAGCAGGAGCCGCCUCUCCUCGACUCACUGCUGAGGAGGAAGCUGGCCAAGAAGGCCUCGCGAACGGAGAGCCGGGAGUCGGUGGAGGGGCCCCCUGCGCUGGGCUUCAGGUCAGCCAGCGCCCACAACCUGACAGUGGGAGAGAGGCUCCCCAGGGCCCGGCCCGCCUCCCUGCAAAAGUCGCUCAGCGUGGCUGGCUCCAGGGAGAAGGCCCUGCUCAUGGCCAGCCAGGCCUACCUGGAGGAGACCUAUCGGCAGGCAAAGGAGCGAGAGGAACGAAAGAAGGCUGAGACAGCCAUGGCAAGCCCGGUGCGGAGGCCAUCAGCCAGGAGGCUAGAGCGGGCUCGAGGAGUCCCUCUGUCAGCCCCACCUUCUCCUGCCAAGAGCAGCAGCGUAGACAGCUCUCAUGCCUCUGGGAAGCUUCAUGAGGAGGCUGUGAGAAGGCUGCCUCACCCACCCAUCCGGCACCAGGUCUCCACCCCCAUCAUGGCCCUGUCUGGGGCCUGCCCAGGCGAGCCAAAGAUGCUGUCUCCCACCUCCACCUUGGCUCCAGCUCUGAUGCCAACUCUAGCACCAACCCCAGUUUCUGCCCUGACACCAGUCCCAGUAACCCCCCAAAGCCCCAGCAUCCUCACCUACAUCUGCCCCUGGGAGAAUGCAGAACUGCCAGUCAAGAAAGAAAAUGUGGCCCAGGAAGGCCCCUCAGGGACAGAGCGAGACAACCACUCCCCAGCCCCAGCUCGAGCCAGGAUCUGGAGGGCCCUCUCUGUUGCAGUAGAGAAGAGGGGCACUAGGGAGAACGAGAUGGACAUAGAGGAUGGGCGUUCCCAGGGGGACGCUGAUGAUGUAGAUGAGGACAGGCCCAAGAUCUUCUCUAAAUCUCACAGCCUCAAGACUCCUGUUCAGCAGGGUUCCAUGCGCAGCCUGGGACUGGCUCUCAAAGCUCUGACCCGUUCUCGGAGCACAUACAGAGAGAAGGAGAGUGGAGAGGAGAGUCCUGAGAGGGAGAAGGGUACAGCUCCCGGAGAGAGUGUGGGGGCAUCCCCCAGGUCUCCCCGGCCAGGUCGGCCCAGAGUGGUGAGUAAGCAGGCUGCCCUUGCCCCCUGUGAUGAUGAGGAAUCCCUCCAGAACCAGCAGAAUGCUCACACCAGCAGAAUGCUCCGAGUUUGUCACCAGGAGGGCAGCAAGGAACAGGAAGACAGAGGCAGGAGGACAUUCCAGGGUCUAGGGGAGCAGAAAGUUGAAAGAACAGGUAAAACAGGGCCUACCACACUGAGGCAAGUUUUGGGAGACAAAAGAACUGAGCAAGCAAAAGAAGCCCCUGUGGGGUGGCGGGGACAGCCCAGGGCUGGCCUUCAGCUCCUGGGCAGUACUGACCACAGGGUGGCAGAAGUAUGCCCCUGGGAAUUCACCAAGUCAGAAAUGUGUCAGCUGGACAGUAGCAACAAGGCUGAAAUCUGCCCGUGGGAGGUGAGUGAAGGAACUCCUGAGAGGAGGGCAUUAACACAAGAUCCAGAUGACUCCCAAGAAGAAAGGAGGAAAGCCCCAGAAAAACCAGAACCCAAAGAUAUGGUUGCCAUUACUCGGAAAAAGCCAGAGAGACUGGUCAGGGGGGAGGAAGCGGUGUGUCCCUGGGAGAGUGCUGAUCCUGAAGGUCUGUCCCUUCGGUCAGCCCCUCAGGACUCUGAUAGAACGAAGGGCAGGUCUGAGGCAGUGGGCAGCGUGGAGGAUAGGAAGGUGGAGAAGCAUCAGUGGAAAUCCACUGGCCCAGAACCUUGUACACCUGACAUCGCCAAGGCAGAGCUGUGUCCCUGGGAGGUGAGUGAAGGAGGAGAGGAUGGGAAACUGGCCCGGAAGGUAGUAAAGGAGCUCCCCCAGGAAAAGCAGAAGACCCCCAGGAAAACAACUUUUUGGAAAGAAGAGAAACUGGGUGGGGACUUGGAGUCUCUUUGUCCAUGGGAGAGUACAGAUUUUCGGGGUCCCUCAGCAGUCUCGAUUCAGGCCUCAGAAAGCCCAGAGUGCUCAGGGAGUUUGGGCAGUGGCAUGACAGCAGCAGAUGUUCCUGCUCUCAGGAAGGCAGAGAUCUGUCCCUGGGAGAUGGAUAAUGAGGUCAAGGGGAAUGAAAUGCUGAGUCAGGUGACAGGUGGAGAAUCUCUCCAGGAAAAGGAAAGAGCCUGUAGAAAAGAGAGCUUUGGAGAGAUGGAACAAACCGUGAAAGCAGUGCAGAAAUUAAGUCACCAGCAGGAGUCAAUGUGUCCCUGGGAGAGCGCUGCCCCUGGGUACUCCAGCCCAUGCCUAGGCAAUUCUUCCUCCAAAGCUGGUGGCCAACUCCUAAGCAGUGGAGGAAACAGAGCAACACAGGUGUGUCCAAGGGAAGAGCUCAAGCCAGAGGUAAAGAAAGCAACACCUGCCAAAGCAGAAAUCUGUCCUUGGGAGGUAAAUGAAAGAACAGACGACUGGACAUCAGGACAGGCACAAAAAGGAGGAGAAUCUCAAAAGGACAAGGAGGAAAUGCCUGGAAAAUCAGGAAUCAAAAAUGUCACAGCUUGGGAAAGGCCUGAGAGACAGAUCCAAAAGCAAGAAGCAGUCUGUCCCUGGGAGACUGUGGACCCUGGCAGCUUCCGCCCACAACCAGGUCCUCAACAGAUCUCGAUGGAGAGACCCAAAGUCAUUUCCCAGAUGUCAGGCAGUGUGGGAAGCAAAGCUACCGAGAUCUGCCCAUGGGAUGUGGAGGAAGCCCAGACAGCUGAGGAGGCAAAGAUCCAUCCCAGGGAGGUGGAUGCUGGAGCAGGGGAGGAAAGGACUUCGGGAGUUGAGGCCAUUAGGAAAUCUCCAAAGGAUACAGGAAAGACUUCUGCAGAUUCUGGAUCCAGAGAAAUAGCUGUUACUGCUCCAAAGAAGCCAGAGAGGCCAGCCCUGGAGCAGGAGGUGGCUUGUCCCUGGGAGAGCUUGCAGUCAGGAGCCUCCUCUCAGCAUUCAGACACUCUGGUCGCUGACAGACCAAAAGCUGGAUUCCAGGACCUGGACCAUGUGAGGUGCAGGCCAGCUGAAGUGUGUCCCUGGGAAGGGGAGGAAGCUCCUACCAGUGAAAAAGCCAAGAUUUGUCCCUGGGAGAUGAGUGAAGGAGCUACUGGGAAGGGACUGGAACAAGAGAUGAGGAGUGAAUCAGCAGAGCAGAGGGAAAAAACUCUAGAAAAGGGGAGACUCACCUCCCUGGGAGAAGACAUACAACAGGAGGCAAAAAGACAAAAGCAGGAAGCUGUUUGCCCUUGGGAGAACAAGGACUUAAGGGAACUCCUUACUCAGGUCCCCGAGGUUUCAGACUUGCCCAGCAGCAUCAGUGGCAAAGUGGCAGAGGGGCAUUCCCUGGAAGCGAGUGAUGAGGCAACAGAAAAGGGGGACCUAAGACCAGACCCAAGGACAGGCUCCCUCCCAGAAAGAGCUCCAGCUUCGAGAGCAGAAUUCACUACCGAAGAUGGGGAGAAAACAAGCAAUGAGCUACAAUCUGUCUGUCCAAGAGAGAGCAUGGCCCAAGCAGGCUCUUUCUCCCACCCAGACAGUCAGCGCUCUGAGCAACCUAAAGCCAGCUCCCAGACACUAGUCAGUGUCAGGGUCGCUGAGGUGUGCCCUUGGGAUGCUCCUGACCUGGAUGCAUAUAAACCUGACAGCGGCACCAAGGCUGAGAUCUGUCCUUGGGAAGUGACUGAAAGAAUCCCUGAGAAAGGGGUGUCAAGACAGGAUGGAAAAAGGGAAUCUCAGGAGAAGAAAGGAAGAGCCCCAGAAAACCCAGAGCCCAAAGGUGGGGCAGUCCAGAAACAAUCAGAGAGGGAAGACUUCAGGAAGCGGGAGGCUGUGUGCCCCUGGGAGAGUCAAGAUUGUGGGGGUCUGUCUCCACAACAAGCCCCAUCCAUUUCUGGCAGAAGCAAUGGCAGUUCUGAGGCAACAGACGGUGUGGGGGCCAGGGUGGCAGAAGUGUGUCUGUGGGAAGUGGAAGAGGCUCCCUCUGCCAAGAAAACAGAGAUCUGCCCUUGGGAGGUGAGUAAAGGAGCAGCAGAGAAAGGGGGACUGGAACAGGAGGUAGAAGGAGAAUCACAAGGGCAAGGAGAGAUGUUUCUUCAGAAGGCAGGAUCUGGAGGGACUGAACACUUUUCAAAAGAAGCAGCAAAACUCAGCAGAGAGCAGGAGCCAGUCUGUCCCGAGGAAGACAUGGGUUCAGCAGGGCUCUUCCCCCAGUCAGACACUCUGGACACUGACCAACCCAAAGUCAGCCCUCAUGGAGCAAGUAGUAUGGGGAGCAGGAUAGCAGAGCUGUGUCAAUGGGAAGUCACAGACCCAGAAGGAAAUAAAAUUAAGGGUACCAUGGCAGACAUCUGUCCUUGGGAGGAAACUGGAGCCCCACCUGAGAAAUCUGGCCUCCUGGCUUUAACAGCAACUCGAACAGAAAUUUUCCCCACAGCCCCUGAGAAACCACUAUGCCUUUUAGUCCAUGGACCUCUGCAUAGUGUCCUUCCAGAAAGCAGAAGCUCCCGCCCCGAGGUGAAUAAGCCAACCAGUACUUUUAUUCUGGAAGGUGUCAGAGAACUACAAGGACUUUCAGGGCCUGGGCCAAGGACCAACUUAGCCCCAGAGCCAAGUCUCCAAGAAGCUGAGACUCAAAAGUCUUCCCCCUUAACUGAAGACCAAGGACAAGUGGUUUCUGAAGAUCAAAAUGAAGAACUCACCCUUCCAACUGUCUAUCCUUGGGACUGGGAGUAACAGCUCUAUCAGGUGAGGUCAAACAUAGGGCUAGCUUUCAGGAGCCAAGAUCCUUUCCAAGUCCUGGUGUUCUCUAAGAGCUGAAUCAAAGGCACUUGGCCACUUCCCCUCCCCAGGAAGGCCAGAAGUCAACUCAUUACAAAGACUAAUUGUACAGAAAGGGUGCAGCUUCAACCCCAAUGGAAAGUUCCACCCUGUCUUUACUUCUAACUUUUCUUCCUGCUCAAGGAAAACAAAGCCUGGACCUUCUGAUCCCAAAGAAUCUUCCCAUCCAUCUAGAGUAUUCAACACAAGCUAUCUGAGUCUGAACACUCACUUGUAAAGCCAACAUUAGGGAUGAAAGGAAGUCAGCAGUACCCAGCCUGCAUUUUCACCUAGACCCAAUUUUUCUGUGAAGUCUACAAAGGGCUGUUUUUUGAGAAGAAACUAAACCACACAAAGCAUUGGCAACACUGGGACUGUGGACCAUAGAAAGGCAUAAAAGGUCACCACAGGAAACUUAAGAAGCCACUUAAUUCAAGUUGAAGGAUAAAUUAGGGGAAAAC